GAUAUUGUCUAUGAAUGGGAUGAUUCACCGGUUCAGCUCAAACCAGGUGUGGGUAGUGAUUUGCCAAAUUUUCAAUUGCAAAAUAUCACUACGAAUGAUGACUGUACCAGUCAUACGAAUACAGGGUCAUAUGCCUGCCUAAGAAUGAAGCUGAUAUUGAAAAGGCAAUUCAGCUACUACUUAGUACAACUUUAUGGUCCUACUACGAUGAUAGUGAUUGUCUCAUGGGUUUCAUUUUGGAUCGAUAUGCAUUCAACAGCUGGACGAGUUGCUCUGGGUGUUACCACACUUCUUACUAUGACAACAAUGGUAAUGUGUCUAGAUGGUUACGGUAGCAAUUAA